UUUCUUUACAUUUCCGCAGAGGGACCCGUGUGCGCCUCUCGUGCUUCCCCAGUUCGCUCAGGCCGAUAGGACACAUCCCAUAAAGCCGCUGCUCCACCCAACACGGAUAUGGUGUGUGUGUCGGAGUGGAGAAACGCUCCAGCAAGUAUGAACGAGAGGCGCACUGAAACUUUCCGAAAGCGCCCGUGAGUUUGGUGCGAGGACAAAGUCCCGCGUGCGUAAAAACUCACAACGCCGUUUUAUCAUCAGAAAUGCCCCAGAGAUGGCGGUAGCGUCGGCGGUUCCCGGCAUGCGUGUCCAGAAAAGUGGGUUUUUGGAAGUGCUGGUGCGGGAGCAAUGGCACCGAGUGCUGGUCGAGCUGAGUGACGAGGCGCUCGCGCUUAGCUGCGAGGACGCGGCCGGAAGCGGCGACGUGAACGGCGUGACUAACGGGUCGCGUGCGAGUCCUGACAGCCCCGAGACCGGUGCGAGGACUGCCGGGGCAGAUUCGCUCGAGCGCGUGCCCGAAGCCAUCGCCAACAGGAAGCGGUGCGUAAGGGUCGUGAAGCAGGACGUGGGCGGCCUGGGCAUCAGCAUCAAAGGAGGGAAGGAGAACAAGAUGCCGAUACUUAUCAGCAAGAUCUUUAAGGGUCUAGCCGCAGACCAGACGCACGCGCUUUACGUAGGGGACGCGAUCUUGUCAGUGAACGGCGUGAACCUGCGCGACGCCACGCACGAUGAGGCUGUGCAGGGCUUAAAGAGAGCCGGCCGUGUGGUCACGCUGGAAGUAAAGUACAUGAGAGAAGCUACACCUUACGUGAAAAAGGGUUCUCCAGUGGCAGAGAUCGGAUGGGAGACGCCUCCACCCGAAUCCCCUCGGCUCGGUAGCCCUCCGUGUGAAGUGUCCCCCAGCCCGCCUUCACUGUCACUGCAAGGAGACUGCAGAUACAUCCCGCUCAAAAUGUGCUACGUCACACGGGCUAUGACCACCCCUGACCCCGAAAACAGGCACUUGGAGCUACACUCACCUGACGCAAAGCACACAGUGGUGUUGCGGUGUUCAGACUCCGGCUCAGCUCAAGCCUGGUUCGAGUCUAUGCAGUCCGCUACCAAUACCAUCAUGAACAAGGUGAUGUCUGAGCUCUGUGAAGCAGCCAGGAACGGAUUCGGGGCGAGUCAUGAGAUACGCCACCUUGGCUGGCUGGCAGAGAAGACGGAGAGUGAGAGGCCACGCUGGAAGCCGGUGGUGGUCGUUGUGACCGACAAAGACCUGAUGCUGUAUGACAGCAUGACGCGUAUGAAGGAGAACUGGCUGAACCCAGCACACACGUACCCUCUACUUUCUACACGGUUGGUACACUCUGGUCCAGAUAGAGGGUCGCCCCAGCCAGGCGGGGAACUAUCCUUCGCUACACGAACAGGCACAAGACUGGGCAUCGAGACUCACAUUUUCCGAGCUGAGACCUGUAAAGACCUGUCACUGUGGACGAGACGCAUUGUCACUGGCUGCCACACUGCUGCUGAGAUGAUCAAAGAAGUGACUACCAGCUGCAUGUAUAAGGGUCAGGAUUGCAGGCUGGUCAUUCACUAUGAGCUGGGCUUCUCUGUGCUGCCUGAAGGAGAGCCUCCUCAAGGCCGUCCUCUAUUCAGCUACCCCUUUGAGAAACUCAGAAUGUCAUCAGAUGACGGUGUAAGGAUGCUCUAUUUGGACUUCGGAGGCAAAGAGGGUGAAAUUCAACUGGACCUGCACUCGUGUCCCAAGCCCAUUGUCUUCAUUCUUCACUCCUUCCUUUCAGCGAAAAUCGCCAGACUGGGCUUACUGGCCUGAAAUGAACUUCUGAACUGUUUAAUGAAACAAAAGACUGAACUGGUCCCAAAGGAGCCAGGGUUACAAGAUGUAUGACCAGGACAAACGGAACUAAAAUGUCUGAAUGUCUAGUAAGAAAUAUAGCAGUGGUUAAUAUACAUCAGUUAUUAUUAUUAUUAUUAUUAUUUUUUAAAAUGAUCUGAUUUGUCUAUUUUAGACCAAAACACAAUCAAAUCCACACCGUGAUUAUGCUAAGACAAAAUGAUCAAACUCAGAAUGAACACUAACUAGUGAUCAGCCGUACACAAAAGUACUACGUAUUGCUUUAGAGUUCAUCCGAUCGAGCAGUAUUAAGCACUUAACAUGACUGAUAAUGAGACUCAUCCAUACAGGAGCAUUUUAAAUAGAUCAGUCUUAUGAUUCUGGCAGCUAAUUAUGAUCUGAGAAUUACCGGUUUUAAACAUUGUAAAUUCACAUAUAUAAAGUUUCACAGUGUAAAAUUCCA